GGCAACUGAGAAAGUAGCCUUCGGAAAAUCAGACUAGAAAUAACCAGGGAUGACCAAGUCAUUAGUCCUAAAGGGAGGCCGAGGAUAGAAUUUCACGCGGUAAGGGGCGACGUACAAGACUAAUAGGGUUAAUAUAGCGUGUAAGGGGGCUGGCUAAUUUUACCGACAAUCACUGCAACAGGGAGGAAACAUGUCCCGUGGGUGAAUCAAUGACUUGCCGUACCUAUGAUAAAUGCGAAAGCCACUUUCCCAACAGUUUCCGCUGAAGGAAAGGUCACAUCGCAUGGAAUACGGCUCUGUCAUACAUUCGGUGUUAAUAUCUGUGGAGUGUCUACAUCGAGGUUGAAUGGGAUUCCAUCAAAGUCGCUUUGCUAUGUGCUUUUAUCCAAUGACCCUCGUAACAACUGACAAGCCCCAGUUUUAUGCCUGACCGGUCCUAAGCUAUAAACUCAGGUGAAAGCGCGGCCAUCGACACUUUGUUCCAUACAUCUCGAAGGAGAGGUGUUGACACCCCUGUUUGUACUUUUCGGUUCCAAUUCCAUUGGCUAAUGUAUCCUUUUGGAUAUUACGUAAAUGAGGAAAUUUAAUCAAGUUGCAUCUCGGCCCCAGGAUUGUAUGGUUAGAUGCAUAAGUACCGUAGGCAUUUGUUAUCGCAAUGUACUAUGCUAGUAUUCUUUCAGGCCCUCUGAAUGCUU